GUGUCCAUCAGUGUCUAGGUGCCCGCAGGCCGCCCUGAGGGCCAAUGGCGCGGAAAUGAGAGCCCGAGCCACGUGAUGGCGGGUGGCACUCUGGCUUUCCUAAAGCAGUCUCUAUGGUAUUCUUCCAAGCAAACCCAGGGCCCCCCCAAAAGGGUAGCGGCACGUGACAGGCCCUGGGACUACGGCAGGUUCCCACGUGAUCCUGGCCUGCAGUAGCGUGGUUGCAGUGAGGUUCUUGCGCUCCUGAAGGGCGGGCGCGGAAGUAAGAGCAUCCUCAGGCGGUCUGUGACUGGCAGCGAGGUCGAGAGGAGCCACCAGGCAGUGACCGCUUUGCUUCUGCAGCUCGGCUCAGCUCAUUCCGUUAUCUCAGCCUUUGCAGUCUGCACAGAAGCUGACCAAGUUACCUUUGGGUCUUGAGACCUGGGAGAGUGAGGCCCAAACUCGGGACCAACUCCUCAUCUACCUUGCCCUCCCUCUCCUCCAUCUCUUCCUUUGCAUGCACGAAUCGCUUGCUCCUUUGGGCUGGCUUGCUCGGCUGUGCCUGGAGACUAAGUUCGGGUCGGUAAAGGUAACUGUGGGAAAAGCGGCCCCCCAGUGGACAAAGGCGGAGGCAGGGAUAGAGCAGGCCCCGCGGGCCCUGGGCGCUGAGCAUAGGCAGUAGAGAAGGUGAGCCAGAAGAACAGUACUGCGGAUUUAGAAGGCACUGUGAAGGACUUGUUGCGCGAUGGAAGAAUCUGACUCCGAGAAAAAGACGGAGAAAGAGAAUGUGGGCCCAAAAGUGGAGCCUCCUCUAGGGGAGCCGGAAGGAUCGCUUGGGUGGGCAAUGCCAAAUGCAGCCAUGAAGAAAAAGGUGCUGUUGAUGGGUAAAAGUGGAUCUGGUAAGACCAGCAUGAGGUCUAUUAUCUUUGCAAAUUAUAUUGCCAGAGACACACGUCGUCUUGGUGCAACAAUUGAUGUAGAACAUUCUCAUGUUCGAUUUCUGGGAAACCUGGUUUUGAACCUGUGGGAUUGUGGUGGACAAGACACCUUCAUGGAAAAUUACUUCACUAGCCAGCGUGACAACAUCUUCCGAAAUGUGGAGGUUCUGAUUUAUGUCUUUGACGUGGAGAGCCGUGAACUCGAGAAAGACAUGCACUACUAUCAGUCAUGCCUUGAGGCUAUUCUGCAGAAUUCCCCAGAAGCCAAAAUCUUUUGCUUGGUACACAAAAUGGAUUUGGUCCAGGAGGAUCAGCGAGACUUGAUUUUUAAAGAACGAGAAGAAGACUUAAGGCGUUUAUCGCGUCCGUUAGAAUGUUCUUGUUUCCGAACAUCUAUCUGGGAUGAAACUCUGUAUAAGGCUUGGUCCAGCAUUGUUUAUCAGCUGAUUCCCAAUGUUCAGCAACUGGAAAUGAACCUGCGCAAUUUUGCUGAAAUUAUUGAGGCUGAUGAAGUACUUCUGUUUGAGAGAGCUACCUUUCUGGUGAUUUCUCACUAUCAGUGUAAAGAACAGCGAGAUGCCCACCGAUUUGAGAAAAUCAGCAACAUUAUUAAGCAGUUCAAGCUGAGCUGUAGCAAGCUGGCUGCCUCUUUCCAGAGUAUGGAAGUCAGGAAUUCUAACUUUGCUGCUUUCAUUGACAUAUUCACAUCCAACACUUACGUCAUGGUCGUGAUGUCUGAUCCAUCCAUUCCUUCUGCAGCUACUCUGAUCAACAUCCGCAAUGCCAGAAAACACUUUGAAAAGCUGGAGAGAGUGGAUGGACCAAAACAGUGUCUUCUCAUGCGCUAAACAUUGCCGAAUAUUGUUUCACACAAAAUAAUUGAAACACUGUUUCUUAAUUUUAUUGUAUUCAUAUAUGUAGGCUCUGAAAUAUUGUGAUGCUCACUGCUUCUGUAUUUCUUCUCUACUCUCCAGUCUUAACAUUUAUCUUUGAAUGCUAUUUAUUCAAAUAGCUUGAGGAGUUAGAAGAUGAGGUGUCUAUGAAGUUGAUGUAACGUAUACGUAGGCGAUAUAUGUAAGUGUUCUGAUAACAUGAUUCUAAUGGUGUUUUAAGUGUUCUGAUAACCUGCUUUUAAUAGUUGUGUAUGCCAAAGUCUUUCCCAGAACCUCUUGUAUUCACUAUCAAAUAUAUACAUGUAAGUUUUAAGUAUUACUGUUUUCUCAGCAUGAAUUAAAAAUAUUCCGUAACUCAACCAGGCAACGUAGCUCAUGCCUGUGACCCCAGCAGUUGAGAAGCAGAGACAAGAGGAUUGCUGCAAGUUUGAGGCCAGCCUGUCUACAUAGGGAGGUCCAGGCCAAGUAUAUAUCAAGAUCUUGUUUCAAAAACAAGAUACACACACACACACACACACACCACUUAACUUCGAUGUAAAUAAACUUCUGCUGUUAGGGAUUUCAGUGUCUGUGUUUCUUUUUCUUAUAUCUUGAACCUUUCAUUAAGAUCAAGAAGUUUCAUUUAUGCUAGAAAAUAGAACGUGCUUAAAAUAGAGUUAAUUAAAGAAUGGAUUCAGAUUUUAGCCUAAGUUCCAGGGAAGAGUUUAAAUUUCUGAUAUCUGUGAUAUCUGAAUUUUACAGUAAAAAGAAAAACACAAGAAGCUACUGAGCAGGAUAAUUAUGUGACUUCAAUGUUUAAAAUGUAAUUCAUCUAUACUGUAUAGAUUGACAACAGUUGGAGAAACUGUAUUAAUAAUCCAGGCCUGAUCUAGAUUGAAAGUCUCCAGUUCUGGCGAGAUGGCUCAGUGGGUAAAAACUCUUACAGUCGGCCAGGUGAGCUGAGUUCGAUUUCCACAAACUAUAGAGUGGAAGGUAAAGACUGUUUCUUGCAGGUUGCCCUGCGAUCUUUACACAUGUGCCCACAUGUAUACACAGAGAGAGACUGAAUAAAUAAAAUGUUGAAAGAUUAAAAAUAGUUCUAAGAAGCAACUAGAGAAUGAAUGGAUAGACCCUGCAGAGAAAGUAAAAUUUAUGAGCUGAAAAUUUUUGAGGUCCAACAGUGGUUACUUUUUAUUUAUAUAUUCAGUAACACCAAAUGGGAUGGACCUUAAAACAUUAACUAGAAUUGCUGUAGCUCAAACCUUUUCAGUUUCCAUUAGCACAAGAACAGAACACAGACACAUGUUUAGGGUUACAGAGCCCUCCCUAUAUGUUCAUCUCUUUGCUCUUGUACUUCGUGGUAUAAAAUGUCAUCCCAUGCCAAGUGUCCUGAUAUAUGCCUUUAGGCUACGUAGAGAGAUGUCAACUUAAAAAAUUUUAAAAAUAAUGAAUAAAUAGAAAGGAAAGAAAGAAAGAAAGAAAGAAAGAAAGAAAGAAAGAAAGAAAACAACAAACGUAAAAGAAAUAACUUCCAGAAUCAGUCUCACUCUAUUUUAUCUCGGUUCAUUAUUCCCAAUUGAGAAAUAAGUAGUUUUUAUUAAGUAGAAAAUAACAUGUUUCUAAGUACCCUAUGAUACAUAGACUCAAUAGGACAUCAUGGGAGUAAUUUUAGAAGCUCUAUUCAUGCACAGAAGAAAUCUUCUAGGUAGAUAUUCCAGACUCUUCCUCAUCAGUAAACUAAAACAACCAAAUGAAUAGAGAUCUGUUCUGUGACUAAUGAGAGUCAUGCUUUAGCCUGUUCUCAUCUUUAGUGCUUAUGGUGGGAUUUUGAAAGCUUUCUUUAAGUGAAUAUAGAUAAGACAAUGAAAGCAUGCAUUUGGCAAUGUGGAUAAAAAUAAAAAGAAGAGAUGUGAAAAUGA